UAGAAGGCAACAAUGGGGAGGGAAGAGGUGGUGGCAGAAUUGACGAAGCAACUAUCGUUGGCAGGACCUCUCAUUGGGACCAACCUCAUGCAGUACGUUCUUCAAGCGAUAUCAGUGAUGUUUGUAGGCCAUCUUGGGGAGCUGCCCCUCGCCGGUACCUCCAUGGCUGCUUCUUUCACUUCGGUUACUGGAUUCUGCCUCAUGUUUGGAAUGGUGAGUGCGCUUGAUACCUUAUGUGGCCAAGCUUUUGGAGCAAAGCAGAAUUAUAUGCUUGGCAUACAUAAGCAGGCAGCUAUGCUGGUUGUUAUGCUUGUAGGCAUUCCCAUUGCAUUCAUGUGGAACUACACAAGCCACAUUCUUAUAGCACUGAGGCAAGACCCAGAGAUAUCAAAGGAAGCUGGAUUAUAUGCUCAGUGGUUGAUCCCAGCUCUUUUUGGAUACGGCCUCCUUCAGUGCCAUGUUAAGUUCCUGCAAAACCAAAACAUCGUCUACCCCCAAAUGUUAAGCUCAGGGCUCAUAGCUUUGCUUCACAUUCUUCUUUGCUGGGCUCUGGUGAUCAAAAUCGGCCUCGGCACCAAAGGUGCAGCUUUGGCAAUUUCUAUAUCUUACGGGUUUAAUGUGAUGCUACUGGCAGUUUAUAUCAGGUUAUCCCCUGCCUGUCAAACGACUUGGACCGGCUUCUCGAGAAAGGUGGUGCAUAAUAUUUGCAACUUCAUAAAACUAGCUAUUCCACCAGCUAUUAUGAUUUGCUUGGAGUUUUGGUCAUUUGAGAUGCUUGUAAUUCUUUCUGGGAUUUUACCAAAUCCAAAGCUAGAAACGUCGGUUCUAUCUAUUUGCCUCAAUACUUCCUCAAUUGUAUUCAUGAUCUCUCUCGGUCUCAGUAAUGCUAUAAGCACACGUGUAUCAAAUGAAUUGGGUGCCAAUCAUCCACAGGCUGCACGCUUGGCAGUACGUGUCAUGUUAUGCCUUGUCACUGCAGAAAGUUUGAUAACAGGAUUAGCUAUUAUUUUGGUGCGUAAUGUUUGGGGAAAAGUAUAUAGCAAUGAACAGGAAGUUGUGAAAAGUGUGGCAUCUAUGAUGCCAUUGCUUGCAUUAAGCCACUUGAUUGAUGGUGCCCAAUGUGUGCUUUCAGGUACUACCAGAGGCUGUGGUUGGCAGAAAAUUGGUGCUGUUAUUAAUCUUGGAGCUUUCUAUAUUGUGGGCAUCCCUACUUCUGUUCUUUUAGCUUUUGUGGUUCAUAUGGGGGGGAAGGGCCUUUGGAUCGGAAUAAUAUGUGCUCUUUUCGUUCAAGACCUUUUCUAUGGACUCAUUAUGAUAUUUACCAAUUGGGAGAAGGAAGCUAGAAAAGCCGGAGAUAGAGUGAAUAGCACCAUGAUCCCCAUGGACGGGGUUUCCUUGCCUGCUUGACAUUUACUUUAGAUAAUGGAAGCAAAUUAACAAUGGAUAUUUUUCAUUACUUUAAAUUCUGCAAGUGAGCAAUCAGUUA